AUGAAUCCAAAGGUAUAUUUCGAUAUCACCGUAGGCGGUGAAGAGAAGGGCAGAAUUGUGUUCGAGCUCUUCGAAGACGUCGUUCCCAAGACCGCAGAGAACUUCAGAGCGCUUUGUACUGGAGAGAAAGGCGUAUCGCCAGUAUCAGGCAAGGCGCUCACGUACAAGGGCUCCACUUUCCACAGAGUCAUUAAGGACUUCAUGUGCCAAGGAGGGGACUUCACACACGGAUCGGGAAUUGGGGGUGAAUCCAUCUAUGGUGAGAAGUUUGAAGACGAGAACUUCAAGUUGACCCACGACGUUCCGUUCUUGUUAUCCAUGGCCAAUGCUGGUCCAGGUACGAACGGAUCUCAGUUCUUCAUCACCACCGUUCCAACACCACACUUGAACGGAAAGCAUGUUGUUUUCGGUAAGGUUAUCGAGGGUAAGUCCAUCGUGCGCCAGAUCGAGAGAGGCGAGAAGGGCUCCGACGACAAGCCCGUGAAGGAGGUAGUCAUUGCAGACUGUGGAGAAUUGGAUCCUUCGUAUGUUCCAGUUGCAGCCACCAAGGCUGACGAUGGUACCGGUGAUGUAUACGAAGAGAUCAUGGCCGACGAUGACCAAAUAGAUGUGAACAAGAGCGAAUCUGUGUUCAAGGCUGUGACACAUUUGAAGGAAAUAGGUACCAAAUUGUUGAAGGAGGGCGAUGUUACUAGGGCAUACGCAAAGUACCACAAGGCCACCAACUUCCUUGGGGAGUAUUUCCCAGAAGACUUGCCAGAAGAUGACUUGAAGACCUUAUACCAAUUGCAGUUGUCAUGUAACUUGAAUGCCGCGUUGGCUGCCUUGAAGUUGAAGGACGGCAAGAAGACCAUUGCCGCUGCCUCUGCUGCGUUAGAAGUCACCAACAUCGACGACAAAUCCAAGUCCAAGGCCUUGUACCGCAAGGGUAUGGGACAAUUACUCAGCAAGGACGAGGAUGGAGCACAGGAGAGUUUGGAGGAAGCCCUCAAGCUCUCUCCAGGAGAUGGUGCCAUUGUGAAGGGUUUGCAGGAUGUAAAGACCAGCAUUAAGCAGCGUAAGGAGAAGCAAAAGAAGGCCAUGUCCAAGUUUUUCCAAUAG